UCAGCAUACUAAUUAGGCCAGGUGCAUUAUUCAAGAAUGCAAUACAAAAGCAGUAAAAAUAAAUAAAAUAUAAAGCUGACUCAAUACAGCAAUUCAAAAUGCAGGGAUCUCCUGCACUAGUUGCACCUCUGCUUCACAUAACUUGUUGGUAGUUUAAAAAGCUUACAAUGCUAAGUGUUUAUAUUUAAAAUGUUGCUGUUUCAGUACCGGUAUCAAGGUAUACUUUAUGCAGGUAUAGUCCAUCCAUCCAUUAUCUGAACAUUUCAUCCUCACAAGGGUCGCGGGCAUUCAGCAUCUUUUUGCAGCUGACUUCGGGCAAUAGGCUGAAUGCACCCUGAACUGGUUGCCAGUCAAUUGCAGGGCACACAUCCAGUAGACAAACAACCAUUCACACUCACAAUCACACCUACGGACGUGUUUGGAGUGGUGAAUAGGCCUAACAUCCACGUCUUUGGAAUGGGUGAGUAAACUGAUGCAGGCACAGGAGAAACGUGCAAAAAUCCACACGAGAAGUCAAAAUGUUAUUGUAUAUACAUUAGCACGUUGGAGUGGGCCAGCCUUGACAGCCAUUUCAGUUUCUCACAUGGAACCUUCAAAAAUGUAAUUGCCCACCCCUGUCUUGCAGUACGGUACCACAUGAUCAGCUAGCUGAUUUAGUGCCGUUCUCUUGGGCAGUGAUCAGGUCCCCGAGCUUUUGCACCACUCAUUGGGUUAAAGGACUUUAAUGUGAGUUUAUUUACUUAAUGUUGACUUCCAUUACAUACUCUUCUUUGUCAGGCCCUUUGUUGGGAACCAUCUUAUUUCAGUUUUGCCAUAGUGGUGCAAACCUGUUUAAGGCGUGUAUAUGAUACUUAACUGUAUUUGUUAAAGAAUAUUAACAAUUUGUCACCACAAAAUCUAUAAUUUUCUACAGCUCAUGCCAUAACUCUGUUUUAUUUUAUUUUGUUUUAUUUUUCUAGGUGUCAAACAAUCGCUUUGGAGACGGUUGUGUCGCACCAUUGUUCAGCUGUCCUUCAGACCAGCUGAGCUGGAGCUCAUGUUUGCAUUUCCCCUUUUCUACAGCAUGUUUCAGCUAGUGGUGACCGCCCAGUUUGUGGGAGGUGAGGUUCACUUUCGAAGUGCAUUGUGUGAGGCAUGCCCUGCCUUUAAAUGAAUCUGUCUGAGUGAACAUGUCACAGAAUUUAAUUCAGGAAGAACUGUUAAGCAGCGCCUCCAUCGAGUGGAAAUUUGGGUCUGUUGGUACCAUUCCAACCAUUGUAUUUUAGACUUGGUAUCAUUUUCAGAUUUCUGAGUCACAGUGGCAUUAAAGCUAAAUAUGCCAUUCAUUUACUUUACUUGCAAACAAAAUUUCAAAUACAAUUGGAAAUGAUUUGUAGUACAAUAAAUUCAUCUUUACCUGUGAGACCUCAGUAGUCUACGUCAUGCCCAACAUGUUUUCAUAUUCACAGCCAUGCACUGCGUGAACCCUCUGUACUGAAAGGCUUGAUCCUAUGAUUGCCAGUUUUGUUAUAUGUACUCUAUAUGUCAGAGCAUUUUAAAUUCUACUUUAAAUUUACGUAAGUUAACAACACCAUAAAACAAUUUAUGAGUGGUCUUUGUAUGUGAGUAUGAGGUGUACUCUAUUGAAGACAAGCACAGCAUCAUCUCUUUUAAAUUCACAGGACACGGUGAUUCAUAGUUUAAAGAUCUAUAAAGUUUUAAGAGGCCAAAGAUCAUUUAAAAGAAGGAUGGUGCAAUCACAUUUCAAAAAUGAUUCUUUUAUAUGCACGUGCUUUGUUCACUGACCCCAUAAAACGUAACAAUGGUUAAUUUUUUUCCACACAAUUCUCCUUCCCACUACUAUUUGGCAGUUGACAGCGGGACAUAAAGAGCAGUGCCCUGGGCAGUUGGUAACCGUCCCUUUAUUGGAUAACCAACAGAAUAGGAAAGGAUUCAGUCCAGUAGAAUCGACGCAUUCUGGGCUGUUGAGGAUACGCAUCCAGUGUUUUUCCAAGUUGACUGGCCACGGAUAACGCUUGUCUUGCAUCAAAAUUCCAAUAUGUCUAUGUUCAAGGAAACAACUGCAGAACUUGCUGUCUGCCUCUCUGAAGCCACAAUCUGCUCUGGUGCUAACUGCCUUGUUCCAACCACUGACUUUAAUGCAACACUGAGUCUAGUGUUGAGCACUGUGCUCACCAUCAUGCUGGCUAUGGUCAUGUUUUCUAUGGGCUGCACUGUGGAUGCACAAAAACUCUGGGGACACCUGAAGAGACCCUGGGGCAUCGUUAUUGGUUUCCUUUGCCAAUUUGGCAUUAUGCCUUUUACCGCAUUUGCUUUGUCAAUUGCCUUCAAUGUGUUGCCUGUUCAGGCCAUUGUCAUCAUUAUCAUGGGUUGCUGCCCUGGAGGCUCCGGUUCCAAUAUUAUCUGCUACUGGCUGGAUGGAGAUAUGGAUCUAAGUAUCAGUAUGACAGCCUGUUCCUCCAUCCUGGCUCUGGGAAUGAUGCCCCUCUGUCUGCUUAUUUACACCUCCAUCUGGACUUCUUCAGACACCAUCCAAAUCCCAUAUGACAGUAUUGGUAUCACUCUUGUGGCCCUCCUUGUCCCGAUCUCCGUGGGGAUGUAUUUUAAACGCAGAUGGCCCCAAUUGGCUAAAAAGAUCCUCAAGGUUGGGUCCAUUACAGGUUUUGGUCUCAUUGUUAUCAUUGCUGUAGUUGGUGGGAUUCUUUACCAGUCUUCUUGGACCAUCGCACCUUCCCUUUGGAUAAUUGGAACUAUUUACCCCUUUAUUGGUUUUGGGCUGGGUUUCCUUCUGGCUCGCUUUGUGGGUCAACCAUGGUACAGGUGUCGAACAAUUGCUUUGGAGACUGGUUUCCAGAACUCCCAGUUGUGUAGCACCAUUGUUCAGUUGUCCUUCAGCCCAGCUGAGCUGGAGGUCAUGUUUGCAUUCCCCCUUAUCUACAGCAUCUUUCAGCUCGUGGUGGCUGUCAUGUUUGUGGGAGGAUACCAAGCCUAUAUAAAGUCACGUGGUCUGGGAUCAGCUGAAACAGAUAGUGAAUCUCCGUCAUUGGAAGACAUCUAUGCAGAAGGAGCUAAAGAGAAGCGCUUUCAAGUGGAAAAUAGCGCCUUAGAGUUGAAUGAAGAUCAUAUUAAUAAAGGCAAGGCUGAGCACUUUGACAAGAACACCCAGCUCUGAUAUUACGCCUUUGCUGGCUUUGUACAAAAUGACCUCCGCAAGCAGCGCAACACUGCUAAAAGCUCCAAACUGUGAACACACACCACACUCUGCAGGCUAGGGUGGUGUGCAAUGGUUUUAAUGGAUUUAAAUUUUUUGAAAUAACCCCGGAAAAGAGGGCUACCCAAAUAUAUUUAAUAUAUAUGCAUAUUAGUGUUUUUGUGAAGGGACAUUUUUCAUGCCCAGAAGAAGUGAGGUAGUUGAAUGGUCAUUGUGUGCUUGUUAUGAAGACCUUCUGUAUCUCUGCAGUCAAAAAGCACACAUCACUUAGGGCUCCUAUCCAAAAUAUGAUAAAUGCCCCCCAAAAAAAAAAGCUAAUUGUGUGCAGGCUAUUAUAUUUUGUUAAACUUGUCCAGACUGAGCCAAUGAAGUAACAAGAUAAAAACUAGGUAAAUAAAACUACAUCCCAACUUUUUUAACAGAAUAAUCAUCAUUUAUUUAUAGUGUUUUAGAAAAAGUUCUUCAAAUAUGCUUUGCUUGUUCAUGUACUUGACAUAAUUUAUACUUCAUGUUUGUUAAUAAAUUGAUGGUUAAUUGAUGGUCA